ACGGGAGGGGCUCCGGCAGAGGGUGUUCUGCAGGAAAAAAAGGAAACAUUCGCCGUUUUGGUUCCAUCUUGUCCAGGACUGGUUUCCUGUCUGCUGUCAGCAUGGCAACAGCAUCACGUAGAACUGUGUGGUCUGGUAUUCUUUGGAUGCGUUCAUUGGCAGCCUGUAAACAGGCCUCGGUACAGAAUGGAGUUGUAAGUCAUCCUUGCCACAAAUCUACAUACUCGGUUCUUCCUGACGACUACAAUUGCAAAGUGGAACUUGCAGUGACAUCAGAUCUGAAAACAAUCGUCUGCUACCACCCGUCACUUGAGAUUCCAUAUGAGCAUACAAAACCCAUACCACGGCCAGAUCCAGUAAAUAAUAAAGAAGAAACCCAUGAUCAAAUAUUGAAAUCCAGAUUGGAUGAAAAGGAGCUACAGAACAAGAGAGGUCCUACAAUUGAAGAGCUCAGCAAAAUGUUUCACACAACAAAACAUCGCUGGUAUCCAGUGGGACAGUAUCACAGAAGACGCAAGAAUCUUAAUCCUCCUAAAGACAGAUAAUUAAGAUUACUUCUUGUUCAUCGUCGCUUUGCUUAUUAAUCUUUAUUGGAAAUAAAAAAAAAUCCAGAAAGUGGGAUAUUGUUUAAUCAACUCUACAUGAGUAUUUUAAGUAAAAUAUGCUUAUCUAAAUAAACUUGAUUCCGGUUUCUUUUUCUACUUCAACUGGUUAACACUGGAAAAACAACAGAACUGCACAAAUGAAAUAAGGAUUCAGUGAGAAUGUUGUACGUGCUGGGUCAGUGAAAUACUAGUCUUCGAAAUGGAUAUAGCAGGUGAUAGUGUUCUGAUUAAACUGGGUCAGAGGCUUAUCAGUAGUAAAGUUGAAUGCAUACAAGUAGGAUGUCAAAAGCUCAGACACACAACUGGACGCUUUGUGAGUGUUUUUAGAAAUCUAUUAACUGAAACGCAGGUGAGCUUGAAUACUGACGCUUAAAUAACUUCAGGUUAUUAUCAUGUAGUGAAGACUGGCCAACUCAGUUAAAGUUCCAGGGCAUAAUAACUCGCCUUUCUAAAUCAUCCAGCAUACCCAAAUAGCUGGAAUACUUGUGUGUGCGUGUGUGUUUUUUCAUCCAACUAUUAUUUGAUAAGGAUGCUAUGCUCAUGCAUAAAUUGCAUAGCAGUAGCUCAGGGGAGGAAGUGUUCUUUGCCUUAGCUAGGCAAUCAGGGAAGACUCACAGUUCCUUCUAGCUUAUGAAGGGCCAAUCCUCCCCCUCUGUAUACCCAAAUGCUUUAAAUUCCAUGAGUGUGGUUAGAUUCUGCUUCAUAGCUUAAGUACUUUAGGCUUCUGAUAUUAAAACAUUCUACAUAAUCUACUGUCUUUCUCAGGAAUAUGAGAUUCUUUACUCCCGUCUACAGUUUUAGGCAUCAACUCUUCUGAGAGAAAGAGCUAGCCUAGAGCACUGUGCCUUUGCAGAGAUCCCAUUGACUUCACUGAGUCUUGUUAGCAGAUCCUAUUAAAUAAUCAGGAAAAAUUUUAGCCCAUAUAUCUGCUGUUAAUUUUGAUUGUAUUUCCCUUCCAAAAUGGCUUGGAUAAGCUAGUAAGGUGGUGAUGGUUUUGUUUUUUUUUUCUUUUUAGUCUAGCGUUAUUUUGCUAGCAUGUGUUAUCUAUAAAUUUUGCCUAGAAGUUGGGUACCAUAUAAAGUCUAGUCCUGGUCACUUUAGUAUAAAGAAUACCUAUUGCUGUAGAUACUCCUAAAUAUCCUAUUUUCCUUGAAUGAUUUAAUCACGUAAAAGUGCUAUUAUAUGCAUUCAAAAAGGCACCCUUUAAAUAUUUGUGGAAUAUUGUACAAACAGCUAAUGUAAGUAUUCAUCUUGAAUUUUUUGAAAAUGCAUUUUUAAAUCCUAAUGACAGCUAGUUGAUAAUGGUCAGCACAAAAUAGUUGUGCUUCCUCUUUCUGUUAAGCUUUUAAGAUACCUGAUUCUCUGUUUAAUCCUACAUUAGCCCAGUGACUUUGGCUCCACAUUAUGUAUCUUUAGCUUACAUGAUAACAAACAUGCUAUCAUGAAGAAAUGUCUGCUGUGUCUGUGAAAAGGAUGGCUGCUUAGUCUGCGAUUCUAGUUGAAAGGAAAAAGUAAUUCUUUCUCCACCUGGACGAUCACUUUUUUAACAGUUUCUGAGAAUGAAUGGUAAAACAAAUUUUAGUACUUGUAUCAAUUCAUGCUGCACGGUACUGACAUUAGUGCCUAACUGGAAAGUUUAUAGCUCAAUUCUGAAGUGUUUUGGUAUGUUCCACUGUAUAAAAUUGAGUGUCUCCCCAAAUGACAGUCCUAGGAGAUGUGAUUAACAUGAUGUCAAUUCUGGUUAAGCUAAUCAGAUUUCUUUUUAAUAUAUUUGUUCUACACCUUAAUAUCUUAUAAAAAGCAAAUUAAACUAAUGCCGCCUUUGUAAAAUUUUCUAAGAGGAAUGUUAUUUAGAGUAUAUCUAUUUGUAGUAAUGUCCAUUUUUCAGCUGCUAAUUGACAGUGACAUUGGCUGGUGAGGUACCGUACGGGUAGCUGUUCCCCUGGUGUAAACUGCAUUGCCAUGUUAGAAAUGGCCAUCUGCUUUUCUAACUGGUAUCGUUUCCCUUGCUGGUAUUCCCCAAAUACGUUACGCAUCCUUUAUCUGAAAUGCCGUGGUGACAAUUACAGAAAACCCUAGAAGUGAUUGGUUUAUGAUGAAUUUUCAGUAAUCGCUCACUGCUUUUAGUGUAAGUAUAGCCUUGAUCUAAAUUAGAGAAGAGGAACAGUGGGAGUAUUGGCACUUCAUUGGAUGAUGCUGAGGAGAAAGAAUGAGUGCAAUCUCCUUAUUUUUGGAAAACUAAGACCUAAUUUGUCCAGUUUAUACUAUACUGUGAUUUAAGACAAAACAUUUUUUCUUGGAUUAAUUUAAACUUUCAAGUUUUUUUUUCCUCCCUCCCACAGACACUUCUAUUUAUUUUUGCCGAAUACUAUUAAGACAGUUUGAGUUACAGAACCCUUUUGUUACCAUAUUAUUAUUGCUCACUGUGUUUGUCUGUUCUUGCCUGUCAAACUUCAUUUACAGUUAUUCACAGUCACUGGAGAAAUCUUGGAUUUCUCUAUGAUGUCCAAACAUUUUUGGACAUUUCCAGACAUGCAGGGGCUAAAAAUGUCUUUUAUGUACUGCUCCCCUCAAUCUUUCUGUGCUCUUUUAUGCUGGCAUUUCUGCUGGAUGAUCCAAAGCAUAACCCAAUUAAAAUCCUAUUUUCACAAUAAUUCCUAGCUUUUCUCCCGAUUCUUUAUUUGUUGAACAGCUACAUAAAGAUCACAGCUGAAGAAGAGAAUUUAAUUAUUGGUUUCUUUUCACUUUAAAAUUUUGAUUCAGAAAUUCAUCUGUUUGCCCAUUUCUAUCCAAAAGGAUGGUCCAUUUAAAAGUCAGUUUGAGAUUUCUGUUUCUUAUUUUGUUGCCCUUGGUCCUUGUAUUAACUUUGCAGUUAAAAACUUAUGUAAAAUUAAUUAAAUCAUGAGUCUGCUUUGGUGUCUUUGUAUCCAGCUUCAGAC